AUGAAGUUUUUACCGGCGAUUGCCUUUUUUAUUUUAAUUUCCUUGUGGGUUGAAGAAGCCUAUUCUAAAGAGAAGUCUUCAAAGAAGGGGAAAAAGAAGCAGUAUCUAUGCCCAUCCCAGCAGUCACCAGAGGAUCUAGCCCGAGUCCCUGCCAACUCCACUAGCAAUAUCUUGAAUAGGCUACUAGUCAGUUAUGAUCCCAGGAUAAGACCAAAUUUCAAAGGUAUUCCUGUUGAUGUAGUAGUAAACAUUUUUAUCAACAGUUUUGGAUCCAUUCAAGAGACAACAAUGGACUAUAGAGUUAAUAUUUUCCUGAGACAAAAGUGGAACGAUCCAAGGCUGAAGCUCCCCAGUGAUUUUCGGGGCUCAGACGCCCUGACAGUGGAUCCCACCAUGUACAAGUGUCUGUGGAAACCUGAUUUGUUUUUCGCCAAUGAAAAAAGUGCCAAUUUUCAUGAUGUGACCCAGGAGAAUAUCCUCCUCUUUAUUUUUCGGGAUGGAGAUGUCCUUGUCAGCAUGAGGUUAUCUAUUACUCUUUCAUGCCCAUUGGACUUGACCUUGUUCCCCAUGGAUACACAACGCUGCAAAAUGCAACUUGAGAGCUUUGGUUACACAACUGAUGAUUUACGAUUUAUCUGGCAGUCAGGGGAUCCUGUUCAGUUAGAAAAAAUUGCCUUGCCUCAAUUUGAUAUUAAAAAGGAAGACAUUGAAUAUGGUAAUUGUACAAAAUACUAUAAAGGCACUGGGUACUACACCUGUGUGGAAGUCAUCUUCACCCUGAGGAGACAGGUUGGGUUUUAUAUGAUGGGCGUCUAUGCCCCGACCCUGCUGAUCGUGGUUCUCUCCUGGCUUUCCUUCUGGAUCAACCCUGACGCCAGUGCUGCCAGAGUGCCGCUGGGUAUCUUUUCAGUACUCAGUUUGGCCUCUGAGUGCACAACCCUUGCUGCUGAACUUCCCAAAGUCUCCUACGUGAAGGCUCUUGAUGUAUGGCUCAUUGCUUGUCUUCUCUUUGGGUUUGCUUCCCUCGUGGAGUAUGCUGUUGUCCAGGUGAUGCUAAAUAACCCCAAACGAGUUGAAGCAGAAAAAGCCAGAAUUGCUAAGGCUGAGCAAGCAGAAGGAAAAAGUGGAAAUGCCAUUAAAAAGAAUACUGUAAAUGGUACAGGGACUCCGGUUCAUAUUAGCACUUUGCAGGUUGGUGAGAACAGAUGCAAAAAAGUUUGUACUUCUAAGUCUGACCUGAGAUCUAAUGACUUCAGCAUUGUGGGAAGCUUACCAAGAGAUUUUGAAUUAUCCAAUUAUGACUGCUAUGGGAAACCUAUCGAAGUCAACAAUGGACUUGGGAAAUCUCAGGCAAAAAGCAACAAGAAGCCUCCCCCCGCCAAACCCGUUAUUCCAACAGCAGCAAAGAGAAUUGAUCUUUAUGCAAGAGCGUUGUUUCCUUUCUGCUUCUUGUUCUUCAAUGUUAUAUAUUGGUCUGUAUAUUUAUGA